UGAAAGUCCUUCACCUCCCCUGAAACAAAUAAAAAAAAAAGCAAGGAGAGGGUGGGGAUUAUUUGGAAACAAUUUUCAAAUUCUUUGUAUCCAAUUUAAUUUAAUUUAGAAAAUGAGUGAACUUAAAUCUACCUAUUAUGAUGACAAUGAAAUACUUAUAAGAUCAGCCAAUAAGGAAGAUAUGAAAGCUGUCGCAGAAAUGAUUCAGGAACUUGCAGAUUUUGAGAAAAUGCCUCAAGGCCCUAAAAUGUCAGUAAGAGAUUUGGAGCAUGAUGGAUUUGAAGUUAGUCCACCAGCAUUUCAGUGCAAGAUAGCAGAGUUGAAGGGUGCUGUCACACAGCCGGUUAUAGGAUACGCGUUAUAUUUCCCCACAUAUUCCACAUGGGAAGGCCGUUCUAUGAUGCUCGAAGAUCUAUAUGUCAAAAACAGUGAGCGUCGCCAUGGUGUUGGCAAAAGGCUAUUCAAUGCUGUUGCUAAGGAAGCAUCUAAAACAGGAUGUUCUCGUCUAGAUUUCCAUGUCCUGGAGUGGAACCCGGCUCGAUCUUUCUAUGAGAGUAAGGGUGCUGUAAACCUGACUGCCUCUGAGCAGUGGUGCUACUAUCGUUUAACAGGAGAAGCGCUCAAUAAUGUUUCUAAUGAAGGAGGGAAGUCAUGAAAACAACAUAUGUGCUCAAAUAUAUAUAUAUAUUCCAUAUUAUAGUUACCAUUUGUACAUUAUAUUUCAUGUUGACUGUUACAAAUGUAUUUGUACAUUAUAUUUAAUGUUGAUUGUUAAUAUGUGCACUGAUGGUACAAAACAUGGUUGUUUAGUAUAAUAGUAUAAUUUCAUCUAGCAGUUCUUUUAAACUAUAAAUAAUAUUUACAACUAUUUAAUAAAUGCCAUUUGUUUAUCUUUAAUCUACUUACAUAAAACAAGUUAUUAUACAUUUCACUCAAAAAAAGGGUCCCAGUAAACACUUGUUAUUAAUUUUGAAAACCUUUAGUAUUAUAUUU